CACAUCUCGCAGGGGUGGAAGGGGAGCGAGUUGUUCUGGGCUGUCUUUGAAGGGAGAACAGUUUAUUUGCUUUGCUUUAUGUAUUAGAGCGGCAGCCGUUCCGUGGGUCUCGUGUGCAGCUUUUAUACGGGUGCAGGGCUGUCACUGCAGUUUUCUUGGUCAGUGUUUGCAGUCUUAGGUCAGUAGUUGAAAGAUAAACCGUGAGGGUUGUGCAUGGGAAGCUUUCAGUUGGUUUAUCUCAUGAGAAGGGAUCUGCUCAUCCAUUUUAACUAGAGACUCAGUAAAGAACUUUGUUAUAGCUUAGAUUAGCUAAGACACUUAGCUUGUCUCAUUCUAUAUCCAUAUUCAUGCUCUGCCCUUUGGUGAGAGAUGACCUGAAGCUGGCUUCUAUUUGCACACUUUUGUCUUUGUAAGGUUUGGAUGUCAAGUUUCCAUCCUAUAGGAAAUGCUUUGUCCACCUGACUGUGUUUGAGGCUCCGCUGUGCACACACCUCACUUCCAGAAGGAGCCGUACCCAAAUGUGAUGGAGUGCGGAUCUCUGCAGCUCUCUGGUGCUGCAGACCCAGGCAGAAAAGGGAGGACAGUGCAUGCUCUUCAUUCUACCAGCAGAGCGCUGACCUGACAGUGCUUGUUCCCAUGUCCAGCUUAGUUCUGGGGGCAGGCAGAACUGCUGUUGCUAAUUAGACCCCGAGUUCGGUAGCACACGAGAAGCACGCACUUGUACGGCUUGCCAAGUGAGCGCACAGGAUUUCAGAUGCAUGCCAGGUUCCUGCUGAAUGCCAGAAGUAGAGAUCACUACAGAUGGAGCCCCAAAGCCAGCACGGCAGUGGUGGUUCGCUGGUGGUGAUUCAGCAGCCCUCUCUGGACAGCCGGCAGCGGCUGGAGUACGAGCGGGAGAGCCAGCCUGCGGCUAUCUUGUCACUGGACCAGAUCAAGGCGAUCCGUGGCAGCAAUGAUUACACUGAAGGUCCAUCUGUGGUGAAAAAGUCUGGCCCGCGGACAGCACCGAGGCAAGAGAAGCACGAAAGGACUCAUGAAAUCAUACCGAUUAAUGUGAAUAACAAUUACGAACACAGACCCAACCACGUGGGGCACGUGGCACAUCAGCAUAAUGCGAGGGUUCCUGUUUUGAGCAGAUCAACCAGCACGGGGAGCGCGGCCAGCUCUGGGAGCAACAGCAGUGCUUCUUCGGAGCAAGGGCUGUUGGGACGGUCGCCUCCAUCGUGGCCGGGUUCAGGCCACAGGUCCGAGCGGACAAUCCAGACGCAACCCAAGCAGUCGUCGUUGAUUGUAGAUGAUCUGAAGGGUCCUUUGAAAGAGGACUUGACACAGCACAAGUUUAUCUGCGAACAGUGUGGCAAGUGCAAAUGUGGUGAAUGCACAGCCCCGAGGGCCUUGCCUUCUUGCUUGGCCUGCAACCGGCAGUGCUUGUGCUCCGCGGAGAGCAUGGUGGAGUAUGGCACCUGCAUGUGUCUGGUCAAAGGGAUCUUCUACCACUGUUCUAACGACGAUGAAGGGGACUCAUACGCGGAUAAUCCCUGCUCUUGCUCCCAGUCACAUUGCUGUUCUAGGUACCUGUGCAUGGGAGCCAUGUCCUUGUUUUUGCCUUGCUUGCUCUGUUACCCUCCUGCAAAAGGAUGCCUAAAACUGUGUCGAGGGUGUUACGACCGCAUCAAUCGUCCGGGCUGCCGAUGCAAGAACUCCAACACUGUCUAUUGUAAACUGGAGAGCUGCCCCUCUCGGGGUCAGGGCAAGCCAUCAUGAUUUUUGGAGGGAGGUUUACUUCCUCCAACGUUUGAUUUUUCAGGUUGUAGCUGAUAUAUAUAAAUAUAUAUAUAUAUUUUUUUUCUUCCCUCCCCCCCUUUAGGGGUGUGUAGGGGGGCUGCUUUCUUUCACCCCCACCCCCUUGCCCUGCUUCACAUACACAAAUUAUUCCCUUUGAAUCUUUGUUCUUCUCCUCUAAUUGAGUCAACCGAGUGUGGAGUGUUUUACGUAUAGUCAUUUGCUGCUCUUUGGUAAGUGUGGACUUGGUAUCUGCGUCUGCCACCCACUUUGGCAGAGUCUUCUGAGUCUGUAACUGAACCACUCCUGAAAGAGACAGUGAGGGCUCAUUUGGCUCUUGCAGCUUCUUGUUCUGAAUAUCUUCCCAAAGAUGUUUUUCAUUCUCAGCUAUGUUUUUUUUUUUCCCCUCUAACCCCCUUGGGUACCUCCAAGGAAUAACUCUCAUGAGUGAGCUGGAUUGUGAAAUAACUUCUUGUCUGUAUUCUUUCCGGAAAGGGAUGUAAGGCUCUACCAAACUAAAGGCCUGAUUCCUUAGUAAGCAGCCUGCUUUUUUGGCUUGUUUGUUUUCCUCCUCUUUUAACUUCUACGAUAUUCUCAGUCCUGAGAGUUGGCCAAUUGCUCCUAUUGCUUUGUUUUUUUCUUAACACGACUUCAGUUUUUGCUACGCUAUGUAGAUCUUCAUAUUGGAGACAUUAUGGCUGCGACCGUACUCGUUUUCCUCUAGCUGUCAAAUCUUUGAAGGAUAUUGCUCACUCCACCCUCCUCCUGUUGUUGUUUUAGUCCAUCAGUAUCACGCCGAUAUUAAAGUUGGUGGUGUUCAUGUACCCAGACAGCCUUCAGGUGUCAUUGAGUCACCUAAAUGUUCUCGAGUCUUUAAUGUUUCUCGUCAUUCUCUUGUUUAGUGGUUUAUUUUUUUUUUUUAGCUCUGCUCUGUACUUUAUAAUUUUAUUCUGUUCCCUGUUUUAUUGCCUUAGCCACAAAUUGUGGUCCUUUUUUUGUAUAUUUUAUGUAUAAAACACAAAGUUGAAUCCCAACUAUUUUUAAGACAAAAGUCUGUUAAAACUUUUUUUAUUGUAAAGAAUAUUUAUUAUGUGAAUCUCUAUUAUUUUAUGAUAUUUAUUGCAAAAAAGACUUUGAAAAUGUACUCAUGUCUGAAUAUAACAAAAUAUCAAUACUUAACGAAAUAAGGAUGACGCGAAGAAAGUACAUAUGUUAACUAUAAUGCAGAAAAUAUAUUAAUUAAUGAAAAUGGCUCUCGAAUUCUUUUGUUACAGUGAGAAGUUGUGAGCUACUCGUGCAUAUUCUGGGUUCUUGAGGUUUAUUUUUCUCUCCUGGUUGGAUAUCAGGUAGCGAGGAACUCCCUGUUGAUACUUCAAAACCACUAGUCUGUGCUCUACUUUAGUUUACCUAAUUUUGAGUCUGCUAACUAUUUGUCAAGCAAGUUCUUGCAAUUGGAUGUAUGCAUUGUGCUUAGCGGUGCCAGGAGAUACAGGCCCUGUUUAUUUAACAGCGUUUGGGCGGAUAUUUGUGAAGGAGGAAACCAUAACUUAAAGGUUUUUCCUUUUUGUUUUGUUUUUUUGUUGUUGUUGUUGUUCUUUUUUUUUUUAAAGAAUUCCAAAUUAACAUGUGAAAGUACUUUAAAUUUUCCUACAUGGAACUUCUUGGCUGGUUAAAUUGUAUGUCAGUUGAAGCAAUGAACCUAUUGAGCUCAAUUCUUAAUAAAAACCAAGAGGCAGGAUAUAAAACAA